UACAAAGUAUUUGCUUGCGGCUUCAAGUAAACCACCACCACUUUACCACAAACAAACAAUCACAAAUCAAACCAAACCAAACCAAACCAACCAGUCAAAAUGGGCGCCGUCGUCUCUUGCAUCCAGAGUGCUCUCCGCACCAUCGGCCGCACUAUCAUGGCCAUCAUCAACGGCAUCGGCAACAUCAUCAUGGCCAUCGUCAACGGCAUCAUCAACUUCCUCGGCAUCAUCGUCGGCUUCCUCACCUGCAACACCUGCGGCGGUCGCCGUCGCCACGGUGGCACCACCACCCGCAAGAGCAGAGGGUUUGGGAGGAGGAGACAUGGGACUACUGCUGCCAUUUAAGUCCCAUCAACACAGCCGCAGCUCAUGAUUGAUGGGAAAGGGGAUGAUUUCUUUUGUUAUCGAUGAAUGGGAUAUGAACUGGUGUUUUUUCUCUUUUGCAAAGCGACGGAGUGGAGGAUAAUGAAUAAAGAUACCCAAAUACCCAGACUGCGUUUCUUACGCGGGAGCAGUCAGGAGGGGAGGCGAGGAGAAGGGGAGGAGGAAGGGCACUGCGUUUUGAUGGGGGUUACCUACUAGAUAA